AUGAAGCAACAAUCGCGAAAACAACAGGAGGUACUAAAUCGGCAACAAUGCCCGCCAGCCCAACAAUUGGGCCACUCCAAACUGGCACAUCAAUUCUGGUUCUCCUAUCCGCCACCGGGCGCUGGCGGCGGCUCUUCAAACAGCAAAACAUCGCAAACCGACGAAGAGAAGCAACGCGAUCGGCAGCGCAACGAGCGCGAGGCCAAAAAGGAGGAGCAGGACGCCAUCAACUAUAAGCGCGACAAGGAGCAACGCGAGGCACGCCUGCUGGACUUUGAGAUACGACGCCAGCAGAAGCGCGAGGAGCAGAAUCAGCAGCGACAGCAGCAGCAGCAAAUACAACAACAUCAGCAGCAGCACCAACAACAGCAGCAACAACAACAACAGCAGCAACAGCAACAACAGCAGCAACAACAACAGCAGCAGCAGCAACAAAGCGAAAAAAGUCCACCCACCACUUCGGCUCACUCGCAGCAACAACAGCAGCAGCGGCAACAGUUGCAACUGCAACAACAACAAUCCCUGCAGCAGCAGCAGCAACAACAACAACAACUGCCAAGCAGCAGCGGCAGCGGAAGCGGCAACACACCGGCCACGCCCAAGCUACAGACGCCGCCGGAUCGCUCUCUACCGCCAGCCUUUCGCAGCCACUCAAUCGAGCGUGAGAUUCUCUACGAGCGGAAACGUUUCUCGGCGUCCCAAACAGCCGAAUUCAAGUUGCCUUGCGGGCUAACCGCGACACCAUCGCCUCAAACCCUUGCUGGAGCGCCGGCGCCUGCAGCGCAUACGGCGGCAUUGGCGGGCCCGCCGGCAACAGCCGCGGCUGCCACAGCUGCGAUAAUCCCGAUAUUACCUCCGUGA